UGUAGUCUGGAUUUAGACUGCAGGUCCAAGUGCCUAAUUACAAUGUGAUGGCUAUAUCCAAGUGGCACACGCAUGAAACAACCUGCAGGCGCAGAUGUCCAAAUUGCUGUUAAAACAAGAACAAACUGCACAAGGCAGUGACAAUACAAAAGGACAAAUUAAUUCAACAUUACAAAUAGUAAAUGUUACAUAUUUAUUUCACAUGGACUAACACACACACACCCCUCCCCACCAUACCCACUGAUUUUAAGGGUAACUUUUACAUUACUCUGCAAGUAUUUUGCGUAUUUAAUAAUGCAGAUAGCUCUGGUUUAUUUUGACCAUGUUUACUGGUCUGCUUUGGCUGCACUUUAUUUACAGUAGGCAUAUUUUCCUCCAAUGUUUUUAGGCAGACUUGGGUGUGUAUGUCAGCAAUCAGUGUAUUUCGAUGACUUCAAGCCCGCAGUAAAGGUGUACAUCCGAUCUGUGCAUUUACGCUGCAUUGGCAGAUAUCCAAUACGUAACAGAUUUUUCUAUUUUUUUUUUAAAUCCACAUCUGGAAGUGGAGGAGACAUCAGCUGUAAAUCCAGUGUUGGGCAUCGGCAGAUGUGUUGAUGUACAUAUUCAUCUGGCAAUUAUUAACACGCCUGUUUCUUGUGUAGAGAAGGCUCUCCACAAGGUGCAAGAAAGUGUCAUACCUCACAAUAUAUGCAACUAAUGACGCACUGGGGUCGCAGGUGAACUGUAGCCUAUCCUAGCUGACUUUGGGCGACACCCUCAGCUGGUCGCCAGUGACGACCAGGAGUGCCAUCCAAGCAGCCUCUGCAAAGUGCAGUCAUUUUAUUGUUACAUAUUAACAUUUCUUAUUGGAUGAAGUCCAUACAUUUUACUCGCGUUCCCGUUCAUUUUACUAGAUCAAGCAAGGAUUUUUUUCUUUAAGUCGUAACUCUCUGUAUUAUUUAGCUCUCUUACAAGACUUUACUGCAUAUUCAAGUCAAAAAUAAAUUGGGCUUUUAUUGUUAACCCUUGUGAAAAGGUCAGUUCACUUUUCUCCCCACACACCUACAAAACAACUUGGGGUCCAAAUUUGUACAAAAGCAAAAGUCUUUCGCUAACAAAUUGAAAAACUCUUGCAGGCCAUGAAUAAAUAAAUUAAAAAAAAAUCAAAUUCGUGUGUGUACCUCGAAAGGGCGAGUUUACAUUUGCUGACCAGCAGGAGGUGCUAUAUGACAGCCAUUCCAGGUAUAAUGGACCCUCUUAAGUAUUGUAUAAUGUUUUCCGAAAUUCAAUUCAAUUAAUAAUGCAUUGUGCAAUAUCAUGAACCACUGUCUAUAUUAGCUAAUGUGUAUCUAAAACCUACAAUUCGGCAACCUCAUUUGAUGACUGAACAUGCUGCAGCACACCAUACACUGACUCCAACUCGUCCCAUAUGUAAGAAUAUGAGUUCUUAAUUUUUCGUGAGCGUGAGAGGUCCAAGGAGGCUACAUACAAAAAGUAAAAAUAACGUUAAAUAUGGCGCAUGUGGGGCGUGAGCGACGUGAUGACGUAACGUGGUUAACGUCCGACGUCAAUCGGGACGAAGAUGGCGGCGAGCGGCGGCGAGCCUUCUCAGGCUGGGUCCGAUGAUUUAUUUCAAAACUUUUACACGGAGGUGAAGCAGAUCGAGAAAAGAGACUCUGUGUUAACCUCCAAGCAGCAGAUCGAUCGACUGCUCAGGCCUGGCUCGUCCUACUUUAAUCUAAACCCCUUCGAGGUGCUGCAAAUUGAUCCGGAUGCAACAGAUACCGAAUUGAAGAAAAGAUUCAGAGCGUUAUCCAUUUUGGUCCAUCCAGACAAAAAUCAGGAUGAUGCAGACAGAGCACAGCAAGCAUUUGAAGCGGUGGACAAGGCGUACAAACUCCUUCAAGAUCCAGACCAGAAGAAGAGGGCUUUGGAUGUAAUUCAGGCAGGAAGGGAAUAUGUGGAGCACAUGGUAAAAGAGAAAAAGAAACAGUUAAAGAAGGACGGGAAAGCUCAAAUCGUGGAAGAGGAUGACCCUGAAAUUUUCAGGCAAGCAGUGUAUAAGCAGACCAUGAAACUAUUUGCAGAGCUUGCCAUUAAGAGAAAGGAACGAGAAGCAAAGGACAUGCAUGAAAGGAAACGGGCAAGAGAGGAAGAAAUUGAAGCAGCAGAGAAAGCAAAGCGAGACAGAGAAUGGCAGAAAAACUUUGAGGAAACAAGAGAUGGCCGUGUGGACAGUUGGAGGACGUUCCAGGCUAAAGGCAAGAGCAAGGAGAAGAAGAACCGGUCCUUCCUCAAGCCCCCCAAAGUAAAGAUGGAGCAGAGGGAAUGAUGUAAAAAUGGGACUUGAUUAACUUAAAACCUGAUGUUUUCCAUACCGUGUACCCCUUACACCCCCUGCAAUCUUUUUUUUUUUUUUUUUUUUUUUUUUCCCCCCACCCCACCUCAUUCACACUUUCUUGGAUUAUACCUGCCUCAUGUAAGUAAAUAGUACAGCUUCCAUAUCUUAGGAAACAACCAAAUGGUUGGUGACAUUUUUUUUUAUAUACAUAAAAUAAAAGUUGGUCUUAAGAAGCCAAUCUUUUUUGUGGUGUCUAUCACUGUAUAUGUCCACAUUGGCAGCUACUUCACGAUGCUGCAUUUAAUGUCAUCUUGCUGCGGUUAUUUUGGCAUUUGUGUUUAAAUAAAUGACAAGCCAUGUAAGUGGAA